AUGGCGAGGAAAAAGCCACAAAAGUGUUGCAAUGACGAUAUCAAUACUCCCGUUGAUCGAAUAAGCUAUUUUGCCCGAUUCGAUUCUGGGCUACAUCCUGUGCUUUCUCCCAACCAAAUUGGUUGCGACAACAAGCAUUCUAUCUCAGAGGUGGAAGUUCCUAUGGACUAA